AUGAGUAAAGAUAAAUUUAUUAUCAUAAAUAAUUAUUUUGCUCCUAAAAGAAACUUCAAGGAAACGCUGUGUGCCCAAAUGAGUCCGAAUGAAUUAAAGGAUAUCGAUAGCCCUGUGGAUUCUGAUAAUGUGCUAGUAGAAAAAAUGAGAAACGAACAGGAACAAGGAACAGAAGGAAUGAAUGUCAAUGGGAUGACUCAAAAUGCAUUGGUUCUACAUAAAAUUGAAAAAAAUAAGAAGAAAGAUGAGAAAGAAGUAAAAUGUAGGGAAAAUAACAAGGGCGAAGAAAAGAAAGAAGGUAAACGUAAAAGACAAAGAAAAAGAUAUUUAAAGGUACCUAAAACUUGUGAUAACGAAGGUGAUCAGAAUAGGAUCAUUACUAAGAAGGUGCAGUCAGAUGAUUCUUCUUCGUGUAGCACAAGGACAAGUCAAAAUGGUACAUCAUCCAAUGAAGGGAAAUUUAACGAAGACAAAAGUGAUAAGAACAAAAAAAAUAAAAAAGAGGAUGAUGAUGAAUGGAUUGUAGUUGCUGAAAAAAAUUUAGGAUAUAAACGAGACUCAUGUGCUAAAAUAGCUUUAAGCGAUAGAAGAAAUUUAAACGCAGGAAGAACUACAGAUAGUGGAAGAUAUUUAAGCCCUAGAAGAACUUCAGACUUUAUGAGAGGUUCAUACAUUAGAUGUUUGUCCGUUAAAAGAAGUUCAUCUGUCAAGAAAAAUUCAUCUGCUGGGGAAAAUUCGUCUGCUAAGGGACAUUUGUUUAGUAAAAUAAAUUUGUGCGAUUCAUUAAAUAUGGCCUUUAAAAGAAUAUUUUUCUUUAGAAGAAAUAUGCCCCCAAUGAGAAGUUCUCCUCCUAAAAGAAGUCCAUCUGUUGGAAAAGAUUCUACUGUUGGAAAAGAUUCUGCUGUUGGAAAGGAUUCUGCUGUUGGAAAAGAUUCUGCUGUUGGAAAUAAUGCUGCUGUUGGAAAUAAUGCUGUUGUUGGAAAAGAUUCUGCUGUUGGAAAUAAUGCUGCUGCUGGAAAAGAUUCUGCUGUUGGAAGAGAUUCUGCUGUUGGAAAUAAUGCUGCUGUUGGAAAUAAUUCGACUAUCGAUAUAAAUUCGAUUCUUGAAAAAAAUGAGGACUUGGAAACAAAUUCUGCUGAUGAAAAAAAUUUGACUGUUGAAAAAAGCUCCUCAGAAGAAAUAAAUUCUGCUGCUGAAACAAAUAAGGCUUUAAAAACAAAUUCGUCUGCUGAAAAAAAUGAGGUUUUGGAAACAAAUUCUGCUGCUGAAAAAAAUGAGGUUUUGGAAACAAAUUCUGCUGCUGAAAAAAAUGAGGUUUUGGAAACAAAUUCUGCUGCUGAAAAAAAUGAGGUUUUGGAAACAAAUUCUGCUGCUGAAAAAAAUGAGGUUUUGGAAACAAAUUCGUCUGCUGAAAAAAAUGAGGUUUUGGAAACAAAUUCGUCUGCUGAAAAAAAUGAGGCUUUGGAAACAAAUUCGUCUGCUGAAAAAAAUUUGGCUCUUGAUAAAAGCUCGUGCGAUAAAGAAAUUUCAGAAGACAAAGUUCCUAAGGAAAAGAAAAAAGCCAUGAAAAAGAAAAGAAAAGCCCAAAAUAAAAAAGUCCUGGAAAAAAAAAAAGCCAAGAAACGAAAAAGAAAGGUGCAAGAUAAAAAAGUCCAGCAAAAGAAAAGACUUAAGCAAAAUAAGGAAAUUCAGCAACGUAAAGUAAUUCAGGAGUAUGAGUCAGUUCAGGUGAAUGAAUUAGUUCAGAAAUAUGAAGCAAUUCUGGAAUAUGAAGAAGUUCAGGAAAAUAAAGAUGUUCAGGAAAAUAAAAAAGUUCCGGAAUAUGAAGAAGUUCAGGAAGUUGAAGAAUUUCAGGAAGUUGAAGAAUUUCAGGAUUGUAAAGAAUUUAUGGAAUUUGAAGAAUUUCAUGAUUGUAAAGAAUUUCAAGAAUAUGAAGAAGUAAAGGUAGGUGAAGACGUUCAGUAUGACGAAUUUCAGAAAUGUGCAGAAGUUCCGAAAGGUAAAAUAACUACGAUAAAGAAAAAAAUUCAGAAAAGAACGAAAAAAACACAAAAAAAAAAAAAUUCCCAAAGUAAAAAAGGAUUACAAAAUAAAAAAGUUCUGAAAAAGCAGAGAACGCCUAUCAACAAAUUAAAUAAGAAUAACAAAAUAAUUUCUCGUAAUAAAAAAAAUUCACUUAAAAAAAGAAAUAACAAGGAAGAAAUAAAUGAAUCGGAUGCUAUUAAAUUAUUUGAUUUACCUAUUUCAUCUGAUGAAAGCAUUGUAUCUGGCGAUGCAUUAUCAGAUGUAAGUAUUUCAUCAGCGUUGAAUCUGGUAUCUGGAGUUAGCAGCAUAUCUGAUGAAAACUUGACAUUUGAAAAAAGCAUAGAUAUUAGUGAUUUUAUAUUUUGUGAUGACUUAGUCUCAUGUGUUGAAAGCUCUUUUUCGGAUAAAAGCACUUCAACAGAAGAAAGUACAGCAUUUGAAAAAAAUAGUUCAUUUAACGAAGGGAACUCAUGUGACAAUAGGAACUUAUUUAACGAAAGGAAUUCAUCUGACGAAAGUGAUUCACGUAACGAAGGAAUUUUACUCACAAAAAACACAUCAUCAAACAAAGGCUCCACAUCGGACAAGGGCUAUUCAUCUGACAAGAAAACCUCACCUGACGAGGAAAUCGCAUUUGACAAGGAGGAGGCAGUUGACAGAGAAACCGCAGUUGACGGAGAAACCGCAGUUGACAGAGAAACCGCAGUUGACGGAGAAACCGCAGUUGACAGAAAAACCACAGUUGACGGAAAAACCGCAGUUGACGGAGAAACCGCAGUUGACAGAGAAAUCACAGUUGACAAAGAGACCGCACAUGACAAAGAAACCAUAGUUAACAAAGAAGAAUUAGUUGACGUGAUAGCCGCAGUUGACUUAGAGGACGCAGUUAACAAAGAAAUAGAAGCUGACGUAGUAACCCCAGUUGACAAAGAAACUGUAGUUGAUCUAGAAACCGUAGUUAACAAAGAAAAAGUAGUUGAUGUGAAAGCUGCAGUUAACCAAGAAGUCUCAAUUGAUCAAGAAGCUGCAGUUGACAUAGAAACUUCUGUUGACAAAGGAACUUCUGUUGACAAAGGAACAGCAACUGACGUAGUAACAACAACUGACGUAGUAACCCCAGUUGACAUAGAAACUUCUGUUGACAAAGGAACAGCAACUGACGUAGUAACAACAACUGACGUAGUAACCCCAGUUGAUAAAGGUACAGUAACUGACAUAGUAACGCCAGUUGAUAAAGGUACAGCAACUGACGUAGUAACCUCAGUUGACACAGAAUCCGCAGCUGAUAGAGAAACUUCACGUGAAAGAGAAACCACAGUUGACAAAGAUACUUCAUCUGACAAAGACACUAAGUUUAAAAAAAAAGUUACAUUUGGUGGAGUAUACUUCUUAGAUUGGGAAACAAAAUAUGAUAAACUUCUGCUAGAAUAUUAUAGUGCGUAUGAAGAAAGAAAACGUAAGUCUUCAAAAACUAAUUUAAAAAAAACAGAGAACAAUGAAAGAAAAGUUGUAGCGAAAAAAACUCAUGCACAAAUGAGAGACAGAAAAAAAGUUGAUUCUCAAAAAAAAGGAACUAACCAAGCAAAUGAAAAAAAUGAAAUGGAAAAAACAAAAAAUCAUAAUAACGACGAGAGAGCUAAGGAAACAAAUGAAUUAUCUGUAGACAUACGCAAGAAUGAUAAGGAUGACUUACAAAGUGGAAGAAGUAACUCGAGCCACAGAAAUAAAGAGAGAGAGGGAAUACAUAAAAAGGAAGAAAUGCGAGAAAGAGAAGAAAAAGAAGAAAAACAAAAAAAUACACAAAAAGAGAACAAAACUGAAACAUAUUCAUAUCACGGAAAGUAUAAAACAUACAAAGUGAGUGACAAAAAUGCACCAUACAAAGGAUAUGAAAUAUCCGAUGAACAUGAAAAACGUGAAAGUGAUUCAAACAAAGAUGAUGAAGAUUAUCACUUAAUAAUGAACAGGGAAAGUAUAGGAUAUAAUACCAGCGCACCCAGUGAAACUAAAAAGUAUCCCGAAGAUAAUUCAUGGCAAAGGAAUAAAAGAAAAUAUAGAAACUCUGAUGAUAAUGAAGAAGAUUAUAUAAAAAAGAAAAAAAAUUAUGAAAAGUUAAUAUAUAAGGAUAACAGUUCAAAUAUGGAGGGGAAAGAAAGAAUGAAAAGUCUAAAAGAAGAUUCAGCAUAUGAACGUACAAAGAGUUUAGGUCGGGAAUUAAGAUAUAAAGACUCGGAUAAAAAUUUAAUGACAAAAAGGUGCAGUAGAAAAAUGAGAGAAUCUGAACGUUUUAGCGAAUAUAAGCAUGGUGAUAUUGUCAAUGUUGAUGAACGUUCCUGUGGACACAAGCAUGAGAAUUAUGAUGAAUAUGACAAUCAUUAUAAUAAUAACAAAGAUAUUGGUGGAAAAGAUAACUACGUUAAUAAGGAGGGUCGUUCUGAGAAGGUUUACCCAAGAGACAAUGAGAAAAAUAGCUAUACAAACAUCGAAAUACGGAAAGGAAAUUUAGAAAAUGAACACCAAAAAAAUGCUGAAGAAGAGGGAAUUGAAAAGGACGAAGAAGGAAAAGCUCCAUAUAAAAAUGAGUCUAAGGAGGAGCAAAAUUUUAAUCCAUCUGGUUUAUUAGCUCAGCAGAAGAAUUACAAAAAUGGGGUUGAACUGAGAUAUACCGAAGGUAUAGACUCGGAAAGACCAGACAAAAAAUGGAGAUUGUACGUCUUUUUGAAUACAGAGUCGAAAGAACCAGAGGAUAUAUUAUACAUACACAGAAAGUCUUGUUAUUUAUUUGGAAAGGACCCAUUAGUUGCGGAUAUAUUAUUUGCUAAUGAUACUGUAUCUAAACAACAUGCAGUUAUUCAAUUUAAGAAGCGCCAAAAUAGGGUCGUGCCUUUUCUCCUUGAUCUUAAUAGCACAAACGGAACCUUUUUAAACAACAUAAAUAUUGAGCCGAAUAAGUUCUACGAAUUGAAAGUUACCGACGUGUUGAGAUUUGGGUGUUCAGGCCGCGAAUUUGUCCUACUUCAGGAAGACUAG